AUGGCUUCCCUGGGGACGUCCCUGCCUGCAUGGCGGGGUCUUGCACCCCGCCUUUCUAGAGAUGUCUUCACUUGCCGACAUUGUCUUCGAAACCAAGGCUACGCUGCCAAAUCCGUCCGCCAAUUCGCCGCGAUGCCCUCUCCCCAGCCGAACAAGAUCCGAUCCUCUCUCUUCUCAGAUAAAAACCGCCAAUUCUUCACCUCCAGUAUAAGACGAACAGCCGCCGCCCCUUCCUUUACAAGUGCAGUUCAUGAGGGUGCCACUAAAGCCAAGUCAGCUAGCUUCCCGGAGAUCAGCAAUAAGUCUGUUGCGUACUGGCUACUUGGUAGUGCUGCAAGCGUCUUUGGCAUUGUCGUCUUCGGUGGAUUGACCCGUUUAACUGAAUCAGGAUUGAGUAUCACUGAAUGGAAGCCUGUCACUGUACCGCGCAUCCCCGAGUUCAAAUUGUUGAACCCGCAUAUGAACCUGUCUGAAUUCAAGUCGAUCUACUAUAUGGAGUGGAUCCACCGUCUCUGGGGCCGGUUCAUCGGCUUGUCUUUCGUUCUGCCUGCUGUCUACUUCGUCGCGCGCAAGAAGGUCUCCGGGCCUAUGGCCUUGCGUCUCGGUGGCAUUGCUGGUUUGAUUGGUUUCCAAGGCGUCAUUGGUUGGUGGAUGGUCAAGUCCGGUCUGAAGGAUGAUCUGUUUGCGCCAGGUAGCCAUCCUCGGGUCAGCCAGUACCGACUCACGGCUCACCUCGGGACUGCUUUCACUUGCUAUGUCGCCAUGCUGUGGAAUGGUCUUGCUAUUCUCCGCUCUCACCGUCUAAUGAAGGACCCUGUAUCUGGUCUGAAGCAGCUUGACGCACUCCGGGACCCACGUCUGGCAAUCUUCCGCCGCUCUGUCGCCGCUUUGGCCGCUUUGGUCUUCAUUACUGUUAUGUCUGGUGGUCUUGUUGCUGGUCUUGAUGCUGGUCUCAUCUACAACGAAUUCCCUUACAUGGGCAACGGACUGGCGCCGCCUAGCAAUGAAUUGUGGGAUCCUCGCUACUCCCGCCACGAGGACCGAUCUGACCUCUGGUGGCGCAACAUGCUCGAGAACCCUUCCCUUGUCCAGCUUGACCAUCGUAUUCUCGCCACGACCACCUUCACCUCCGUCAUGGCCUUGAUGGCCUACACCUUGAAGUCGCCUACUAUGAAGCGUCUUCUGCCGGCACCUGCUCGGAAGGGGGUUCACGGCGUCGUGGGCUUUGCCUGCAUGCAGGUCACCCUUGGCAUCUGCACUUUGCUCUACCUGGUCCCCAUUCAUUUGGCUUCUGCCCACCAGGCUGGCAGUCUCUUCCUUCUCACCUGGGUCAUGGUUCUAGGCAGCCGUGUCUGGCAUCCGUCUCGCACUGCGAAGCUGCUGCAGAUGGCCGCGAAGGCCCGAGGACAACAGGUGUCUUCCGCAGCUGCCUCUGGCAUUAAGCGAGUUGCCUAA